AUGAUUAACAAACAGAAAUCAAAGUCCUACAUUGCCCAGCUACAGGACCAUCAGGGUCAGUGGCCCAUUCAUACUACGAAAAUCUGUACUCGACGGGGACAGAUCGGAACCACCCUCAACCAGACCGCAGGACAGAAGCCAUCCUCACCCUAUUUGGAAGCUAAUAUCCACACGAAACUGACAGAAGAUGCCAAACGUACUCUAGAAGCACCUUUGUCUAUAGAAGAACUGGCGAACGGGGUAAAGGCCACCAAACCUGGCAAGAGCCCUGGCCCUGACGGUCUGACUAUUGCUAUUAUAAAGAAUUUGCAGGCGUCCUACACCCACAAUUCCUGA